GAUAUGCCCUUCUACUUUAGAUAUGUUCAUCCGAUUCUACGUACAGUUAGCGUGGCACUUAGGGUAAUUUGUGCCAUACAUUUUACAAAUGAAUAUUUUAUAGAAAUUACUCAGUGUAUGGGUCCUUCAAUGCUUCCAACCUUUAAUAUGGUUGGAGAUUUCGUGGCACUAGAACGUUUUAGUCCUCGCUUACGACGUCUCGAAAUGGGCGACGUAAUAGUGUGUGUAUCCCCAACAAACCCGUGGAGAUCUGUGUGUAAACGAAUAAUAGGCAUGCCGGGAGACCGAGUAUGUGUCGACCCGACAGCUGUUCAUCGUAAAUUUAUUACUGUGCCUCCUGGUCACGUUUGGAUACAAGGUGACAAUAUGAGCAAUUCUACUGAUUCUAGAAACUAUGGACCCAUUCCUUACGCUUUAAUCGUGGGAAAAGUGUUUGCUAGAGUCUGGCCAAAUCCGUGUUGGAUAAAGAAUGGAGUAAUAACUCUUGAGGAACGUUAUAUUAAGAAAGUACCUUAA